AUGAGCUACUUGUGGACUGGAAAUACAUAUGAUCAUUCUCCUAAUCCUGAAUUUGCAUCCUUCUGUGGCGUGUUUUGGGCGUUUCCACAGUCCAUUGAAGGGUUUCCACAUUGUAAACCUCUGAUCGUAGUGGACUCCAAAGACUUGAACGGUAAGUACCCUAUGAAAUUGAUGAUUGCCUCGGGAUUUGACGCGGACAACUGCUAUUUCCCGCUAGCAUUUGCGUUUACCAAAGAAGUUUCCUCGGAUAGUUGGCGUUGGUUUCUCAGUGGAAUCAAGGUAACGCAAAGGAAAGAGCUCUGCCUUAUCUCCAGUCUGGACCCGGACAUUCUCGCUGUUAUUAAUGAACCUGGCUCUCUGUGGAAAGAACCCUGGGCUUAUCACAGGUUCUGUCUUGAUCACCUGAGCUCCCAAUUUGAUGAUGUGUUCCAAAGCUCUCGCUUGAAAAGCCUUAUGAAACAAGCUGGAUUGGCUAUACAGCAGGAUGAAUUUGAUUUCCACAUGGAGACCAUUGAAAAGGAGAACCCAGAAACUCGGCGAUGGUUAGACAAAAUUCCUCCACAUCAAUGGGCUCUUGCUCAUGACGGUGGGCGGUCAUAUGGAGAUAUGACUAUGAAUAUAGAGAAAUAUAUUUGUGAAAGCCUUCCGUCUCCUGGUCUCCCAGUGACAGCGGUCACACUGCUUCUGUUUGAUGAGAUCAGAAUGAAUUUUCAUCAGGUUCUUUCUGAUAGCCGUAGAAGGCUUAAUCAAGGAGAUAUGUACACUAAACAUGUCAUAGACGAGCUUGAAGAGUUCAGGACAGCUUCUGUUACAUACGUGGUAAUGCCAUUAGACAAUAAUGAGUUUAAGGUCACAGAGCCGUUACAAAAGGAUGGAUGGAUCGUUCAGCUGAGCAAAUGCACCUGCACAUGUGGGGAGUUUCAAAAGAACAAGAUUUCAUGUGUGCAUGCUUUAACAGUCUGUGAGAAACUCAAGAUCAACCCUUUGCAGUAUGUAGACAAUUGUUAUUCUCUUGAACUGUUAUACCGCACAUACUCUGCUAAAUUCAAUCCUGUUCCAGAAGUAUCAGCUUGGCCUGAAGUUUCUGGAGUUCCAACAUUGCUUCCUCCGGCCAUUCCACCUCCAACUCACAACAAGUUUCCAUGUCUGCACACUCUAGCAGUCUGUGAGAAACUCAAAAUCAACCCUUUGCAGUAUGUAGACAACUAUUGUUCUCUGGAACGGCUGGACAGAACAUACUCCGCUAAAUUCAAUCCUGUUCCGGAAGUAUCAGGUUGGCCUGAAGCUUCUGGAGUUCCAACAUUGUUUCCUCCGGUCAUCCCGCCGCCGCCACCACCUCCAACUCACGUAUCAGGCAUGUCCAAACGCAAAACUACUCCUCGCACUAGUCAGAAGAAGAGUUGA